AUGAUAUUUAUUGUUUGGAAUUGUCAAGGGGCGGCUUCAGGAUCGUUUAAGCGAACCCUUCGUCAGUUUUGCAGGGAUUUUAAUCCCUCGUUGAUUUGUUUACUCGAACCUAAGGUUUCGGGAAAUCAAGCCAACAAAAUUUGUAAUAGCUUUGGUUUUGAUGAAUGGAUUAGAGUUGAAGCGGUGGGAUUUUCGGGAGGCAUAUGGAUUCUAUGGAAGGAGUCCAUUAGCAUUGAGAUCGUUAAAACUAACCCACAAUUUAUUUCUGUGCAGGUGAACGAUGGCGAUUUAGGACCUUGGCUGCUCUCCCUAGUCUAUGGCAGUCCUUGUCAGUAUCUCAAAAGAAAAUUAUUUGCUGAGCUAUCAUCUCAGAGUGGCGAUCCACUUUCAUCCUGGCUCUCAGUAGGGGAUUUCAACGCAAUAAUAGGACGUGAGGAAGUGAGCAAUCCAGAGAAUUUCUCAUCAGCUAGGUGCGUUGACUUUAAUGAUUGGAUUUUCAGGGAGGGCCUCAUCGACUUAGGCUAUAAUGGUACAAAGUUUACAUGGAUGAGGGGAAUCAAUUCAUCAACCUUCAGAGGUGCACGUCUCGAUAGAGCAUUAGGAAAUCUGGAUUGGAAGCUCAAAUUCUCGGAAGCAACAGUAAGUCAUUUACCCAUGCUUAGCUCUGACCACUGUCCGCUACUGAUCAACACGGGAAGAGACCAAACAGUCUCCACAUGUAGAAGUUUCAAAUUUAAUAUGGCUUGGACCACCCACGCUACCUUCCAAGCUUUAGUGCAUGGUACAUGGAAUACUGAAUCUGAUUUGAAGAUUAACAUGAGGGUGUUGGCAGGAGCUUUGAAGGAAUGGAAUGUUAAUACUUUUGGUAAUAUCUUCUAUAGAAAGAAGAGACUGUUAUCUAGACUAAAAGGAAUCCAGCAAGGUUUGGCAAUACAACCAAGACCAGAUCUUCUAAAACUCGAGAGGAAAUUAAGGCAUGAACUGGAAGAUACUUUAUACCAAGAAGAAUUACUAUGGUUCCAACGAUCGAAGGAGGAAUGGAUAGUAUCUGGUGAUCGAAACACAAGAUUUUACCACGCGGCAACCUCGGUCAAAAGCAAACAUGAUCGAAUCAAAGUCUUAAAGGAUGACAUCGGCAACACAUUAUCUGAGGAAAAGCAGUUAAUGGAUCAUGUACUUAAGUACUUUGUGGGGUUAUUUUCCAACGAGCCAAAUGUCUGUUCCCAAUCACUAUUACAAGGAGCCUUCCCAAGUCUCCAUGCCUCUGACUAG